CCCCUCCCCUUCUUGCUCUGCGCAUGCCCGCCUCUCUCCCUCGCGCUCUGUCUCUCUCUGUGGGGCGCUGCUGGGGGCGGGGGAGGGAGGCGAUGGGGCUGAGGUGAUUCCUCCUCCUCCCCUUCCUCCUCCUCCUCAAGCGAAGGCCACGGCGCUGGAGAGGCAGCGGGAGCAGCAGCGGUGGCGGAGGAAGAGGAGGCGGCGGCGGCGGGGCUUCCGCCGUCAUCAUGGCCCACUCGCCGGUGCAGCAGCCGGGCCUGCCGGGGAUGCAGAAUCUGAAAGCAGAUCCGGAAGAACUGUUUACGAAACUAGAGAAGAUUGGCAAAGGUUCAUUUGGUGAAGUUUUCAAAGGAAUUGACAAUCGAACUCAAAAAGUAGUUGCAAUAAAAAUAAUUGAUCUCGAAGAGGCUGAAGAUGAAAUAGAAGACAUUCAACAAGAAAUCACCGUCCUGAGUCAGUGCGAUAGUCCAUAUGUUACCAAAUAUUAUGGAUCCUAUCUAAAGGAUACCAAAUUAUGGAUCAUAAUGGAAUAUCUUGGUGGAGGCUCCGCUCUUGACCUUUUAGAACCAGGCUCACUUGAUGAAAUCCAGAUUGCUACAAUAUUAAGAGAAAUUCUCAAAGGACUUGAUUAUUUGCAUUCAGAAAAGAAAAUUCAUAGAGAUAUUAAAGCUGCAAAUGUGCUGCUCUCUGAACAAGGCGAAGUCAAACUAGCAGACUUUGGUGUAGCUGGACAAUUAACCGAUACACAAAUAAAGAGGAACACCUUUGUGGGAACACCAUUUUGGAUGGCACCAGAAGUUAUAAAGCAAUCUGCUUAUGAUUCAAAGGCAGAUAUUUGGUCACUGGGUAUAACAGCUAUAGAACUGGCAAAAGGUGAGCCGCCGCACUCAGAACUGCAUCCAAUGAAAGUUUUAUUUCUCAUUCCAAAGAACAAUCCACCAACAUUAGAAGGAAACUACAGUAAACCCCUAAAGGAGUUUGUCGAGGCCUGCUUGAACAAGGAUCCAAGCUUUAGACCAACAGCAAAAGAACUCCUGAAGCACAAAUUUAUUGUACGAAAUGCAAAGAAAACCUCUUACUUGACAGAUCUGAUUGACAGGCAUAAAAGAUGGAAGGCUGAUCAGAACCAUGAUAACUCAAGUUCUGAAGAUUCAGAUGGUGAAACGGAUGGACAAGCCUCAGGAGGCAGUGAUUCAGGGGAUUGGAUAUUUACAAUCCGAGAGAAAGAUCCCAAGAAUCUAGAGAAUGGAGCUACCCAACUGCAUGAGUGGGAAAGAAACAAGGAAAAUACCAUUCAAAGGCGGCCUUUGUCUCGGUGCUUAUCUACGAUUAUAUCACCAUUAUUUACAGAGCUGAAAGAGAGAAGCCAAGCAUGUGGAGGGAACGUGGGAUCCAUAGAGGAACUGAGAGAAGCCAUUUAUUUAUCUGAAGAAGCAUGUCCAGGAAUUUCAGACACGAUGGUGACAGAGCUUGUGGAAAGACUUCAGAGGUAUUCAGUGGCCAGAGGGAGCGCAUCAUCCCACUGAAGCUUUCCUCUGCUGCGUUGUCUGCUUCCCUGGGGAUCCUGGAGGCGCCUGAUUGACUGUUGGUCAGUUGGGCAAAUUCAGUGUAUGGACAAUCCUGAAGAGGCAGCGCGGGCAUUGUUUUUCAGCUCUGUAUAGUUUUUUUUUAAAAACAAACAAACACCGUAAUGCACAUAUUCAAAGGAGGUAUCUUUUUAAAUUUCUGAGAUGUAUAUUUAGGAUUGCAGUUAGGAAACUAAAGCUAUUGUGAAAUCUCAGGUAUAUUGCUUUCUGUCACUGACCUUCAAGCGAAUGGACCCGGAUCCAAAAGUGAGGUCUGUCCCAAUCUAAAAUUUUCUUUGUUUUAGGUUUAUAUUUUGAGAAAAGGAAAACCGGGGGAGGAGAAAUUAAGCUGUGUAUUUCAGAUUGGGGUUUCAGGUGGAUCUUGGGUCUCACCAUGUUGAAGGUAACUGCUUUAAGUCGAAUCUGUGAAUUGGAAAAUGUUCUAUUGGCUAUGUGUACAGAUUUGUAUAUAGUCACUUUUUUAACUGAAACUUGCUCAGUGUGCAUAGAAAAACCCUCUGUACAAAUCGCCAAGUGCUUCUGUAGAUGAUACUAGUGAGGUAAAUAUUUUGGCAGAUCAUGACUGAUUAUUGGCUUGCCUUUGAUAUAUGAAAACUGAAUUAUAUGACAACUGGUUUGACCUGACCUUGUAUUUAUAGGUCAGAUAAUUAAAGCCGUGCUAUAAAAUUAUUGUUUGUACCUCA